GGAGAGAGAAACAUGGCAGCAAGGCGGAUGGCACAGGAAUCACUGGACACAGUGUUACAGGAAAAAUCUAAACGGUAUGGGGAUUCUGAGGCUGUCAGUGAAGCUCUCCAACUUAAAGCUCAAGCCUGGCUAUAUUCUGUUAAGCCAUUGGCCGAAAGCAGCUUCUUUAUUAACCAAUAAAAGCAACACAUAUACAGAAGGACUUCCCACACCAAGUCUCUAUAAAACUUCUGGGACAGAAGUGGAGACCCUGAAGUGGGCUGGGCGUGGCAAAAGAUCCAGGCUGCAUAGAAACCAAGCCCCUUCUCUAAGGAUCUCAUCAGGACAGGCUCAAGAGCCAGAGCAGACGUCUAUGAGGACGCUCACAGUGACAGGAGGUUCUCUACCAGUGGAUCUGGAGUGUACUCAUUAGACCUGGGGAGAGAGGGCGUGAGAGGUGACAUGUUGGUGGGACCCUCCUUCAGAUCCAGCAACCAGUCCAUCGGUGAGGACAGCUAUCUUCGCAAAGAAUGUGGUCGGGAUCUGGAAGUGGCCCACACUGACUCCCGAGACCAGAGUUUUAGCCACCGGAAACUGGGACAUUUUUCUUCUCAGGACUGGAAGCUUGCACUCCGUGGCUCUUGGGAGCAAGACUUGGGCCACCCAGUUUCUCAAGAAUCCUCCUGGUCACAGGAGUAUGGUUUUGGGUCUUCAGUGUUGGGGGACUUGGCCUCCUCCAGACGGUUGGAGAAGGAGAGUCGGGAUUAUGACCUGGACCAUCGUGGGGAGGUGGACUCUGUGUCUAGAGGCAGUGGGCAAGUCCUGGCCAGAGGCCGGUCUCUAAACAUGGCUGACCAGGAAGUCACUCUCUUAGGAAAGGGGAACACUCAAGGUGUGCUUGCAGCAAAGGGUGUCGGGAAGCUUAUCACGCUGAAAAGCAUGACCACGAAGAAAAUGCCUGUUGUCAGUCGUCUUACUUCCAAACCUCAGGGCACUAACCAAAUCCAGAAAGCCACCUCAAGUCCUGAUGUGACCCUUGGAACAAAUCCAGGGCUGGAUGAAAUCCAGUUCACUGCUCUGAAGAUCCCUUUGGGCCUGGACCUGAGGACCCUGAGCUUCCCCAGAAGGAAGCUGGGCUUUGAUGCCAUGGACAAGGCAGAUGUGUUCUCAAGGUUUGGCAUAGAGAUCAUCAAGUGGGCAGGGUUCCACACCAUCAAGGAUGACCUCAAGUUCUCCCAGCUCUUCCAGACUCUCUUUGAAUUGGAAACUGAGACCUGUGCCAAGAUGCUGGCCUCCUUCAAAUGCUCCCUGAAACCAGAGCACAGAGAUUUCUGCUUUUUUACUAUCAAGUUUUUAAAGCACUCUGCUCUGAAGACACCCCGAGUCGAUAAUGAGUUUUUAAACAUGCUUUUAGACAAAGGUGCUGUGAAGACCAAAAACUGCUUCUUUGAGAUCAUCAAGCCCUUCGACAAGUACAUCAUGCGGCUCCAGGACAGGCUGCUGAAGGGCGUCACACCCUUGCUCAUGGCCUGUAAUGCCUAUGAGCUGAGCAUCAAAAUGAAGACCCUCACUAGCCCACUGGACCUGGCUGUGGCCCUGGAGACCACCAACUCUCUGUGUAGGAAGUCCCUGGCACUCUUAGGCCAGACCUUCUCCUUGGCCUCGUCCUUCAGGCAGGAGAAGAUCUUAGAAGCUGUGGGCCUCCAGGACAUUGCUCCCUCUCCUGCUUCCUUCCCAAACUUUGAGGACUCCACUUUGUUUGGAAGGGAGUACAUAGACCACCUGAAGGCCUGGCUCAUAGCCAGCGGCUAUCCUCUCCAGGUCAAGAAGGCUGUGCCCGCAGAGCCCCGAGAACAGAAAACCACAUCUCAGCCGUGGGCUGCAAGCACUCUGAGCCAAGCAGUCCCCCAGCGGGCGGAUCACAGGGUGGUGGACACCAUUGACCAGCUUGUCAUGCGUGUCAUCCAAGGCAGGCUGUCACCCAGGGAGAGAACACUACUUCUGCAGGACCCUGCUUACUGGUUUCUGUCUGAUGAGAACAGCCUGGAAUAUAAGUACUACAAAUUGAAGUUGGCAGAGUCACAGCGACUGAACCACAGCUGGCCCAUCAUGGAACGGAGGCCAACACCAGCACAGUGCGCAGUGCGUGCUAUGCUGUAUGCACAAGCUGUGCGAAGUCUCAAGCGUAGACUCCUCCCAUGGCAGCGCAGGCGGCUGCUUCGCUCUCAGGGUCCUCGAGGCCUGAAGGCCAAGAAAGCUGCCACUGCCCAGCACACAUCCCUGUCCUCAGGCACUCAGCAGAGGCACCGUGGCCGCCAGACUGCAGGAGGCUCCUUACAGGUAAAGCCACCACCACGGGACUCAAGUGAUGCUGCCCAGGACUGCCUACCAGAGCCUGCCAAACCCCAUCCUCAGCCCUCCUGCCCUGGAGCCUUGGGCCCGUCUCCUCGGCCAACAGCAGGGGAUGACUCGGGAGCCCUGCCGUCCUCUUCUCCCUGCCCCUCUGCUGAUGUGGAUCCAAAGACCAUGGAGACUGCUGAGAAGUUGGCCAGAUUUGUGGCUCAGGUGGGCCCUGAGAUUGAGCAGUUCAGCAUAGAGAACAGCACCGACAACCCUGACCUAUGGUUCCUGCACGACCAGAGCAGCUCAGCCUUCAAGUUCUACCGGGAGAAGGUGCUGGAACUAUGCCCAUCCAUUUCCUUCCAGUCUACUGGUGAGGCGGGGAACUCAGUGCAGAACCCCACAACUCGAAAGGAGGGUGAGGGUGAACCGGAAGAGGGGCGUUCCCAGCAGGAGGCUACACUGGAGGGCCCUGAGGUGCUGCCUGAAGAGGAGGAAGAUGACGAGGAGGACGAGGAGGAUGAGGGCAGAGAGGAGGCCUGUACCCUCAGACCACAGGCAAGAACUGCCAAGUGUCCAGGCUCCGAGGGCAGCUCCCCCACUGACAGCAUUCCUGGAGAGGGGUCUAGGGAAGACCAGGCUGGCACCCCUGGCCUCUCACAGGCCUCCUCUGGCAGCUGCUUCCCCAGGAAGAGAAUCAGCAGCAAGUCACUGAAAGUUGGCAUGAUUCCUGCCCCCAAGAGGGUGUGUCUCAUCCAGGAGUCAAAAGUCCAUGAACCAGUUCGAAUCGCCUACGACAGGCCUCGGGGUCGUCCCAUAGCCAAAAAGAAGAAACCCAAGGACCUGGAGUUUGCCCAGCAGAAGCUGACAGACAAGAACCUGGGCUUCCAGAUGCUGCAGAAGAUGGGCUGGAAGGAAGGCCAUGGCCUGGGCUCCCUGGGGAAGGGCAUCCGUGAGCCCGUCAGCGUGGGGACUCUCUCAGAAGGAGAGGGCCUGGGGGCUGACGGGCCGGAGCAGAAAGAAGACACGUUUGACGUCUUCCGCCAACGCAUGAUGCAGAUGUACAGACACAAGCGAGCCAGCAAAUAGAUCAGAGCCACUGGCGACAGAGAUAAGCCUCGAAGCAGCCUUGCCCUUCCUGUACCCUGCCCCGGACGCCUGCAGCCUAAGCCUCGGUGUGUACUCGGCCAGCUCCACAUCCCCGGGUCAGGUUCCACCAGGCCUUGCCACUGCACACUGCAGCAACUGCUCUCAGGCACCCUUGCCUUCUAGCUUUUGACUCUGUCCUUCAUCUUGUUCUUCUUUUGUAGGUAGCCCCUCAGCCUUAGUGCCAAGGGCCUGGCUCCCCUGCAAGUUCUCCACACAGCCCCACCUUCUAGAGAGAGCCCUGCCUUCUGUCUCCAGAGCUUAUCUGGGCUCUGAUGGAGAGGGAGCCGUGUGGAUUCUUGCUUUUGAGCAAUGGUGUCUCAGCUCCUGCAGACUUCUGAGAGCUCUGCAGGCUGAGGCAGGGGUAUUAGGACAAGUUAAAGUCUAGCCUGGCUGUGUAGGAGGACCCUGUCUUGGGAGACUUCUUAAAAUCUUAGCCCCAGAUGAAUACAGCUUACAUGCCCAGCACAUGCUUGUCUCUGUCCCUGGGGAGUGUAUCCUGAGGAGAACCCCAACCUGUGCACUGUUGGCCUUAGUGCAGCUCCCACAAGGUGGUGCUGGGACACUGCUGUGCUGUCUCCAUAGACUCUUUCUGGGCCUCUGGAAGGAUGAGGCACUGCUCAGAGCCCUCCUUGUGCCCAGCACUGCCCAUGUCUGCCACCCCUGAUCUGUGCUGAUACUCUCGCUGGGGUCCAGCCUCCCACCACUGGUCUGGUGUCAGCCAUGAGCAUAGCUGGAGGGAGGAUCUUGGGUCGUAAUGCUCGGCUUCUGUUGCCCCAUUGUGCCCCUUCUUCAUAGCUGCUGCAGUCCCAGGCCCACCUGGCUCUCUUGUCUUGGCAACUCACAGGUCUUUGUAGCUAUGAGGAUGCUUCACUGCAGCUGGGUCACAGUCUGACCAGGGACCCAGGCUGCAGCUUCGUCCUCUGGUCUUUUCUUUCACUUUUCUAGCAGCUUCCAUGUUGACUGUGGGUUGGAGCAGGACCCUGGCCCAUGGUGGGCUCUGCAAGUGGAGCACACAGCUUGUCUCUCCAACUUCUCUCCAGGCAUCUGCAUUUUGUGCUGAUCCAUUGGGUCUUCAAGAUGAUUAAGGAAUUGCGGGUAUAUGGCCCUGGUGCCAAGACUCCUGUACUCCUGGAACUGAGACUGUCAGGAACCGCCUCCCGACCUGAGAAAUGUCAUUCUUGGGUUCUCUUCUGGGGACAGGGCAGGUGGUGGGGAGCGGGAGCACGUACCUCACACCAGUCCGUGCGAGCUGUCGUGACCCUCCUCACAUACACCAUGCUGUCCUCACUCUCCUAAAGCCACCUUGCUCUCCAGUCAGGCUGCUUUGUGGGCAGGGCUAUGGAAGAUACCUGAUGCACAUAUGUGUGGCCUUAUCCCUGUCACAGUGUUUCUCCUGUCAUUCUAGUUCCAGGGUCACUUCCACAAGGGCCAUGGAUUCCAAAAGCUGUGCUGGCCUGGCUUGCCGUGGCUCUGGCAUGCUCCUGUUCCUGGAAGUACUUGGUGAAGGUUGGUUCUGGUCCCUGGUAAAACGCAAAAGAACGCUGAUGAUGUCACACUUGGACGUUGUUGUGUUUGUGAGGAUCUAAGAUGUCAUGGUGUUGUCAUGUCAAGUGCUCAGAAUAAAUGAGGAGCAGACCCACUGCCCGGCCCGCCCUGCAGUCACUGAGGCCCCAGCGGGGAGGCAUUGGGCGUCUGAGGUCAGCCUGAGUUAUGUCAUACGCUGUGUGGAAGAACAGGAAAUGACUUAGAUAUAGUGGCUUAUGUCUAUAAUCUCAGCACUAGAGAGACAGGCAGGAGGAUAUCCUGAGCCACAGAACAAAAAGGUCGGUCCUGUGAGGAGGACAUGAAAGGUGACAGUGCAGACCUAGGCCUGACGGGAAAGGCUCUGUAGCGCUGAUGACAGUUGUCUCAGGUCCAGCCCUCGUGCUGAGUGCUCCCACCCUAAUAACGGGCACCUCAGGCUUGAUGACAGUCCAGGACCAAUGAAGCUACUCCUGGACUUUAUGACAUUUCUCCCAGGCCAGACAACGGCUGCUCCCCAGGCCCACUGUAUUCUACAGGCCCUUAUAAAAUCCAAAGUCUCUGAGGGCCUGAGAGAUGGCUCCGAGAUGAAGAGCAUUGACUGCUCCUAUAGAGGAACCUGGGUCAGUUCCCAGCACUCACAUGGGCAGCUGAUAGCUCCAGUUUAAGGGAUGUGACACCCUCAUACAGACAUAACAUGCAAGCAAAAUACCAAUGGACAAUAUCAGUAAAAAGGAAUAAAAAGUAAAAAUUAAACACUGAGCAGUGGUGGCACACGCCAUUAAUCCCGGUACUUGCAGGGAGAGGCAGAUGGCUCUCUUGAGUUUGAGGCCAGCCUGUUCUGGAGAGUGAGUUCCAGAACAGCCAGGGCUACAUGGAGAAACCCUAUCUCAACAGCAGACUCUGGUAAAAUAAAUUAAUAUUUUCUUCAAGUGGGAAGAACCAGGGCACAAUCAAAAAGCAAAACUGGCCGGGCGAUGGUGGCGCACGCCUUUAAUCCCAGCACUCGGGAGGCAGAGGCAGGCGGAUCUCUGUGAGUUCGAGACCAGCCUGGUCUACAAGAACUAGUUCCAGGACAGGCUCCAAAGCCACAGAGAAACCCUGUCUCGAAAAACCAAAAAAAAAAAAAAAAGCAAAACUGAACUCCAACUGUGAACAACACCUUGUCCUGUGUCUGGGAUCCACUCUUGGUCUGGGCUCCUCCGAAGUACUUGGGUCACUUCUUCGAUUCUGCCCUCUGCAGCACACAACUCACCUAGGCUUCAGCUGACUUUCGCUUCACAGCUGCUGUGCUCUUCUCUUGUAACUGGGCUACACUUGAUGAAUAGCUCUCCUAGGGUUUCACAGUGCCAAACCUCAGCUUUCCUUGUCUUCAAAACCAGUACAAUCUGGGUCUCACACCCAAGUUCAAGUACAAAGGUCCACCGUCAGCCACCUCUGGAACACAGCCUAAGUGUGCUGUAGGGUAACACUUCUCAGAAGAUUUCACCCCAACAAUGCUAGUCUUUUUUUUUUUUUAUUUCAAGAUGGUUUCACUAUGUAGCCCUUAUUGGCCUUGAACUCACAGAGAUCCUCCUUGUUGUGCCUCCUGAGUGCUGGGACUGUGCCACCACCACCCUGGCUGCCCUCAGUGUUCCUGUAUUCCACGCUCUUACAGAACAGCCCACAGAGCUGUCAACACUCGGUGGCUAUCGAGGUUUAUUUUGGGGUUAAGCCCAUUAAACUUCUCAGGGUCCAGAAAGAUUCGCUAUGGCAGGGAAAAGUGGCUGGGGAGAGGGAUCUGAGGGGUAGAAUAAACGUUCCUCCUGUGUGUGGGAAGAAGGGAAGAAAAAGGGGGUCAUUCUCCACAAAGCUUCAGUUUAUAUAGGCAGACCAAAAAGUUAGCAAUUCCAUGGGCAGUAACCAGAGUAUCAGGCACGCAUUUUCAGAGUCACAGAAGCCAGUGGAUCUGAUAAGGAGGGCUUCAUGCCUCAGAGCUGGUGUGCCUAUGAAAUGCUAGGAGCUCUGGGAACUCGACCUUGGGUAGUCAGAAUGACCUAAGGGCUUGAUUUGCAUUAGCGGCUAAUUGGUUGAGUUAAAAGGAAAUCUCUUUUGGCAACUUUGAUUUUGACUCCAGCAGGGUACCCAGAUGAGAAUUUUUCUCUUUGAAGCUAGUUUUAGCGACUCAGAUCUUUUUCCUGUCUAAACAGCUAAUCUCCUAGGCUAUGAUCUUAUGUUAACUGAAACCAAGGAGAAGGGUAAUACAAAAUAUUAGUAGCUUGUUAGGUCAGAGCAAAGGUCAGUAGAUCACAGCUACCUGAGUCUGCUGCUAUAGCAGACAUGGGCUCCCUUCUUGUCAGUAAGUGCUGUCAAUAAAGUUGUGGGGGGGCCGGGCGGUGGUGGCGCACGCCUUUAAUCCCAGCACUCGGGAGGCAGAGGCAGGCGGAUCUCUGUGAGUUCGAGACCAGCCUGGUCUACAGAGCUAGUUCCAGGACAGGCUCCAAAGCCACAGAGAAACCCUGUCUCGGAAAAAAAAAAAUAAAUAAAAAAAAAAUAAAGUUGUGGGGCCCUAGUUUUGUGUAGAUUUUGGCUUUGAGGAUGAAGGUUUGACUUGAGUACAAUGCUUUCACACCAGGGCUUCACUGUGUGGGGAAGGUAUCCGGUUGCCCUACAGGAAAAGUCAGGUUUAUACACUGCUGGGAGACUAUAGGAGGGAGGAAUGCCAUGAUUUCACAAGAUUUUUACAGAAUUGACAAUGACUUAUUCAAAAGACAGGUGUUUCUGUAGCUCUGCAAAACGGGUUACUCUGUGUGGAGUGUCCUUACUCCUGUGGCGUGUCCAAUAGAUCUUAAUGUAUAGAAUACUUGUGGGUGAGCUCACCACAGGUGGUCUCAGUGACCUUUCUAGCUUCAAGUUCCAAAGUCCUCUCACAGUGCUCCCAAAAACAUGGUCAGGUCUGUCACAGCAAUGUCUACUUCUGAUGCCAGCUUGUCUAAGAUUUCUAUUGCUGAUGAAACAUGACCAAAAAGCAAGCUGGGGAGGAAAGGGUUUAUGACUUACAUUUCCACAGCACUGCUCCUCAUCAAAGGAAAUUAGGA